AUGAUACUAUUUCGAUUAGCCAUAGCUUUGCUGACUAUAUAAAGUUGUUAAUCUCAAUCCACUUAAUGGGUUGUGACUCAUCAUGAAGGAUAAGAUUCAGGGUUUAAUCAAUUUCAAUAAGAUAUAGGUUUAAUCACUUAGUGUUAAUAAGCUAAUAUCUAAAUCAUUACAUCUAAUCCUUACAUAUAGAAAACUAUUUCUUUAAGAAAUUUCAAAGCUUUUGCUCACUCCUUAGUAGUGAUCGAUUACUUAAGACCAUAGACAAUGGAAGUGCAAAUCUAGAUAUAGAAUAAGACUUAUGAUCCAAAAGUAAUAAAUCAUAUUUAUAAACGAUCAAUAAUGGACAAUUGUUUAGUGGGAGACAAUUAAUAUAUAGAGUAAUCAUUUGUAUAGGAAAUAUAUGGGAAUUCAUUAGAUGAACUCAAUAUUAUUAUGAUGGGUGGUAUGUAUAAUAAUAAUGAAUUCAAUAUGGCAAGUGAUUAAAAAAUAGCUAUUAAAUAAAUACAUAUACUUUAAAUAUAAUGUCCUGAAAAUUGCAAACGAUGUGUUUAUUUAGAUAAAGAGACAAUUUGCACUUUAUGUAAUGAUGGGUUUGAAUCUAUUAAUAAUGGAAAUUGUUUUUGCGAUGGAUUUAAAUAAAAUGAUAUUUGUGUUGAAAAAUGUUAUGAUGGAUAUGCACCAGAUUAUUAUUAAAUAUGUCAAUAAACAGGUUUAAACUAAUAUAAUAAUUAGAAAUAAUCAAGUCCAUUAAUUUUUAGUAAAAUCUGAGAAGAAUUUAUAGAAAAAGUGAAUAAUUAGAAUUGGAAUUCGAUUUAGAAAACUUCAGAACAUUUGAAAUUGAUAUUGAAAUCUAAAUUUAUAAUUUUGAUGUAAGAGUUUUUAAAUAAUUUUUAUAUAGAUGUUAUAGGUUUUUGAAAUUUUAAUGAAUGAGGGUAAUUAUGUUUAUUAUUUGAACGUAAAUUCUCCAAAUAAUGCUAUCAAUAUGCAUGAAAUAUCUUAUAGAGAUUGUGAAACUGAAUAAUUUUGUUAAAUCUAUCAUUUUAAAUCAAAAAUAAUAUCAAUAGAAUCAAGUAAACUUUAAUUUUAAGCCCUUUUAAAUUCGUAAUAAUAUAAGUCUUCUUCAUUUAAUUAAGAUUAGAAUACAAAAAUUACAUAUUGGAAAUUAGUAAAUUUAAAUAUUAAUAUCUUAAUGACUAAAAAUGAGAUAUCAUAUUUUAACCAUUGUAUAUAAAUAGAAAGAUUUGGAUACAAUGAUAAAUGCAUUAAAUGUUAAUCUCCAUUUAUUGUUUUAGAUGGGUAGUGUAUUCAGAAAUGCCCUUUACAAUUACCUAAAUAAGAUGAUAUGUGUUUUGAUUCUGAAAUUUAGAAUACUGAAUUACUAAAACUUGAUGAAUUUAAAAAUUAAGAUUAUUACUAAAAUGAGAUAUAUUGGUUUUAUAAUCAUGAAUUUUUAUUUAGUAAUUCUAUGUCCAAACAUUAUCGAUAUAAUAAUUUGAAGACACAUUAUGGAAUUACAAUAUAAGCAAAAAUUUUAUUCAUUAAUUACAGAAGUGAUUUAAAUGUUAUCAUCUCUAUUAAUGAUGAAUAAAAUGUGAUUAUUUAAAACAAAUAAGAAUAUAAGAAUAAUUCUGAUUCAUUUGUUUAUCUUAAUUAAUUUAUUCAGCAUAAUAAUACAGAAUUAUUGAUUCAAAUAUAAUCAUAAUUUGAUUAAUCAUAUAUGACAAAUGUUAUCUUAUUAAUACAUUAAUGUACUCCUUAUUGUAAGUCUUGUACUGGUCCAAAGUAAUCAGAAUGUUUAGAAUAUGAAACAGAUUUAAAAGAAUUUAAUGCUAUUACUUAAAGAUGUAAUCCAGGAUACUUUAAAACAAAAGGAGAUUAUUGUAUGUAUUGUUUAAAUAGGGAUUGUCUUGUUUGUUCAGAUGGACUAAAUUGUUAAUAAUGCAAAAAAGGAUGCAUAUUAACAAAGUAUGGAUAAUGUGAUUGCAAUUGA